GGGAUAUUAUUUCAUAGACCGCCAUUUUAAUCGUCUUGAGCGUGUUCAGCGGGUUAGGCGUCGGGUUAAAUUUGUGCUUUUCAAGUUAUUUUCUGUAUGUAUAUCGUAAUUUCGAUCAUAAAGGAUUGAACGUAACUUUCAUCAUGAGUACUGACAGUAUUGAGAAGUUAUACAAGAAUUUUGGCAUCCUAGCAGAUGCUAAAGAGAAAUUGCCAGAGCAUGAAAAAGAGUAUUUGGAAAUCCUAACAGCAGUUAAAGGAUCACCUAAGGAGAAACGACUGGCAUCACAAUUUAUUGCAAGAUUUUUCAAACAUUUUCCCAAAUUAGCAGAUCAAGCUAUAAAUGCUCACUUAGAUUUAUGUGAGGAUGAAGACUUGGCUAUUCGAAAGCAGGCUAUUAAGGAUUUACCAGCGCUUUGCAAAGAUAACAAGGAACAUACAGCAAGAAUUGCAGAUAUCUUGGCACAGUUAUUGCAGGCUCAGGAUUCUACAGAAUUAGCUGUUGUACAUAACAGUAUUAUGUCACUCAUGAAGAGUGAUCCAAAAGGUACUAUAAGUGGAUUUUUCAGUCAAAUUAUUAAUGGUGAUGAUGGAACAAGAGAACGUUGUAUAAAAUUCCUAGCUACUAAACUUAAAGCAAUAGGACAUGAUGUUAUAACUAAGGAACCAGAAGAUUUAUUAAUUGCUGAAUGUAAAAAAGUACUGCAGGAUGUAACUGCUGAUGAAUUUCACAGCAUCAUGGAAAUUCUUGGAUGGACUAGAUUAGGAUCAACUGUUACUGGACAACAAGAACUGGUUGACAUAAUAAUAGAACAAGCAGAAUUGGGUAUACCUUUUAAACAUACUAAUAUCGAGCAAUGGAACAGACUAGUUCAAUGUAUUAAACAUGCUCUUCCAUUUUUCAGUUCACAAAUUGAUUCAUCAACAUUUGUUUCCUACAUUUGCGUACAAGUUCUACCACAUCUUUCCUUAAUGACUUCUCCCGAUGGUAGAGAUAUUCAGUUGGAACUAUUAAAAUUGCUUGCCGAGUUAACCGUGUUUUGCGGUACCAUUGAGAAACCCGAAGAUAAAGUGCAGCAGCUUUAUAACACACUUAUUACCUAUAUGCCACUUCCUCCUGCUGCAGAAAUUACUGAUGUACCAAAGCUACAAUUUAGUCACGUGGAAUGUUUGAUGUAUGCAUUUCAUAAAUUGUGUAAACAAACUCCCGAAUUUUUGAUAAAGGAUGCAGAGCAGUUAAAAGAAUUUCGAUUAAGAUUACAAUAUUUUGCAAGAGGUAUUCAAGGAUAUAUAAAGAAAUUACGAGAAGCUAUUAGUGGAAAAACCGAGGAGGAAUUGAAAUCUGAUGAAAAUCAAUUGAAAGUUGUUGCAUUGAAGACAACCAAUAACAUCAAUACCUUAAUCAAAGAUCUAUUUCACUCACCUCCAAGCUUUAAAAGUAUUAUACAUCUUUCAUGGAAGACACAUUGCAAUGACAAGAAGAAUGAGAAAAAUUCUACUCAGAAAAGACAUACACCAAUUACAUUUGGAAAUGACAGUAAUACGAAUAAACGUAUGAAGGAAGAUAAAAAUAACAAAAGAGAAAUAUAUACGCCUCCUAGUGGAAAAUAUAGCUCAAAUAUAUCAUCAAAUUAUGGGCGAGUUAGAUUUAGAGGUAAUAGAUCUGGAGGAAGAGGUGGAUAUAGAUCAAGAGGCCGUGGUACAUGGCGAAAGAAUUUUUAUUAACUACAGCAUUGAUUUCUGAUAAAAUACUGGAUGCAAUUGAUAUUGGACUGAUGUAAGAGCUUGUUUGAUUUGCAAGAACAAAGCUGCUUUUAAACAGAUACUAUAAAAAUUUAUAAUUGUAAGUGUAAAGGAAUGAGUGAUCCAUACUUUACAAUGAAUUAAAAAUGCAUAGAACAGCAAGAAACAGUCCAUACGUUUACAAAUAUUUAUUGAUACGUAUACGUUUUUCAAUUUCAUUGCAAAAAAAGUAUAAUUGCUGUAGUACAUUUUCAUUGUUUAAUUAUUCCAACAUGAACUGCAAUCAAAAACCAAAAGUAUAUAUUGGACGUAUAUACAAUUAUCAAUGAAAUCAAUUUGUGCAAAGGAAUAUGUGAAUGCACAACAAUUAAGAAGGAAUAUUGCUGCGGACAUUGCUAUACUCAUCCGAUUUUGUGAAGAAUUGAUAAUAAUGAUAUUGAUGGAAUUAUAUAUAAGGAAGAAAGAAGAUAUUUCAAAGUGUGUGAAAUUUAUCAAGCUAGUAUUUAAAGAAAUGGGAGUAAAUUAAUAAGAAGAUAUCUAUAACUAAAAAUACCAUAAUGAUGCCAAAUUCAAGCUUGAAACCAUUCUUUGAAGACAACCACUGUUUGAAGACAAAUAUCAUCGAUAUAAUGUCAUGGUCACAGAAGCUUAUGGGAAAAAAUUGGCAGCUGUUUUCACGUUGAGAAACAGCAGAUAAAACAAUCCAAUAUAACCUCAUAUUCACUCCUAAAUUAACUCUCCUAUAUCCAAACUCUUAUAUUUGUUAGUAUUUGUCUGUUAACAGGACCAGGCUAUGAACAGGAGGGAUCUGCUGUCAGCAAAGGCAAUUUAAUCGAAGAAACAUUGAAUAAAUUUCUCAUUUUAUGGAAACACUAAAUGUGUAACUUUUGUAGAAUUUGCUUUUGCUAUUUCCACAAAAAUUACGGUGUAAUAUCAUACUAUAUAUUUACAUAUCUUCCUAAUGAAAUUUGCUAAAAUAUUUGAGAUAUAUGUUAAUGUAAAUUUUUUUUAAACUAAUAUAAGUCUGUGUUUCUUCGAUGAAGUGGAGCAGCUAUUUUCUUUUACACUAUUUUUCUUUUACAGAGAACAUGUAUCUACAAGAGGUUUGGACAUUUAAGAGCCAAUGCUGCAUUAUUUGUGAAUGCACAUAAUAUUUAAUUACAGAAAUCUCUUAAGGAUGGAUCUGGAGCCAGGAACAACUUGGAAACUAAUCACUAUUUUUUCCAGGUGCUGAUGGCACGUCCCGUAUUAUAUUUAUUUUCUGUCAAAUAAUAUGUAUAUCUUCUUGGUGAUUGCUGUUUUGUGAGGUGAGUUUAAAAAAAUGUUCUGCUUUCCUUUCCCUAUCCAUCACUAUCAUGUAAAAGUACUUUGUGUUAUAUGCAAUUCGUGAAUUUGUUUCUAAUUGUUUCAAUAAAUAAUAUUAUUUAAUAUUA